GUGAUAGCGGUACAGGUAAACUUCUCGCGGUGUUAGUUUUUACAGGGACGCAUUUGCAUCGAUUUGAAUUCCUCGAGCGAGGCCUCGUUUUAUUCCAGUGCUGGGAUAUUAUCUGGAUUGAAUUGAUAUUUUUUUUGGAUUAUUAGUCGAUGUCCAGUAAAUCACCCUAAAGUGGUUUCGUCUACUAUAAACGGGUGGAGUUAAAGCUGAGGGUCGAUACUAUGGAUUGACGUGGAUUACCACACUAACGCGGGGAAUUAACAGCUGACAUGGACUCCCAACUACCACCACUCAACAAUAAAAAGAAACAUGUGUAUGUGAAGGUGGUGUUCCUCAAGGUGGGCGAGAUAGACACGAUCAAAGAGAACUUCGCAGCAGAUGUUUUCAUACAGGCAAGAUGGCGGGAGUCUCAACUGGACAACACGACGGUGUCGGAAAAGGACCUGUCCCAGUUUUGGUGUCCCCGCCUCCUCGUCCACAACGUCAUGGAUGCGUCCAAAGACCGCACGUGGCGGGAGCUUGUCCACGACAAGGGAGGCGCGGCGUACGUGGUGGAGAAACGUCGCAUUAAGGGACAUUUCUCGGAGAAACUAGAACUGAUGGAUUUCCCCUUCGAUUACCAGAGCCUGAGCCUGCAGAUCACGUCAGAGCUUCCGGAUAGUAAGGUUGCUAUUCACGAGGACAACAAAGAAAUCAGCGCCAUCAACGUCACGUGCUUCGUGGACGAGCAGGAGUGGUUCUUAUACGACUAUGUCGAGUCCGUCCAGGAGGUGUCGACGAAAGAGUUCUCUGCCAAGAAGCACAUCCAGUUCCCGUGGCUCGUGGUGGGCUGUUGUGCCGUGCGGCGGGCAGGAUUUUUUGCCUGGAAUGUUAUCCUUAUAAUGACUUUGAUCAGCUCGAUUUCGCUGGCGACGUUCGCCGUGGACCGGUCACUGCCUCAGAAUCGUCUCCAGCUGUCCAUCACACUCAUGUUGACCAGUGUGACUUUUAAGUCCGUAGCGAGUGCCAACAUUCCCAAGAUCUCUUACUACACACACCUGGACAGAUACGUUUUAUUUGGAUUGCUGUUUACAUACGUAGUUUGUAUAUGGCACGCAGUCAUCUCGAGAUUUACCUAUGACGUCACACUUGGUGCUUUAUUGGACUUCUGGGCGUUCAUGUCAUUCGUCAUCGUCUUCAUCCUUUUCCACACCAUGUACGGGGGAUUCAUAGCUGUACAGUAUUUACUGAGACAAAAAGAAGUGAGAGCAAAGGAAGUGAAAUACGAGGAAAAGGCGCUGAAACUUCUUGGAAGCACGUGGAAGAGCAAUCGGCAGCAAAACAAACGACACAAACGGAGACCCAUCCGGAUGUCACGUGUUCGGGCAGUUAUUGUACCAGAACCGGAACCCGACGUCACAUUUCUCAUGGUGGAUAAAGACGACAUGUAACGUGGAGGAAAUCACUUCCGGUGACCGUGACCUUGACCUUCUUUUACCAGAGCAGUGAAAGACGGCUGCAGACAACGAACAUAUCAAUUUUGUUUGUAUCUAUUCGUUUAAUGGCA